GUUAAUAAAUUUCUAUGCGCUAUAGUUUUAGCUGUCUUAUGUCAUGCUUCAAUAUUUUCUAGUCUAAAAAUUAAAAUAUAUGUUAAAUUCUAUUUAUAUUUUAGGUUCAGAGUCAUGUUCCUUAGAUGCAACCGUCCACUACAGCUGGGACUUUGCACAGCAGGUUCAUAUUCCACACCAUAGCCAACAGGUUGGACCCCUGUAUUUCAAAACUGCCGGAGGAGAUGUGAGGUAUUUGGAGUUUGCUGUGAAGGAUCUGAGAAACAGGUGUUUUGCCUGGGUGAGGCACAUGCUCAGUUCCACUUUGACAAUUGCCAAGGACAACAAAAAUAAUGCCGUUCUUGGUUAUGCUGUGUGGAGAACAUUGACAGGAGGGCAUAAGACAAUCCAAUACUCACUGAUGCUAGCCGGCCACACCAAAUUUUCAUGCGACUGGCAUUUUGGAGUUUGGAAAAACAGAAUGAGAUACAUGGAUGCAGAGACAGUUGAGGAGGUGGCUUCCACAGAAGCCAUGUCAUCCCGUAAUGGCCACAACAUUCCACAUAUUGUUGAUGGCAACAGCAAACAAGUGUCGUUCUAUGACUGGAGCACCUUCUUCAAAGGCAUUUUCAAACCAUUGAAGAACAUUUCGAAAUACCAUUCAUUUGAGGUGUCUUCUAACGAGCCUGGGGUUUUAAGAGUAAGGAAGUUUGUUGAUGCCCCUGGGGAGAAAAUUAACAUACUGAAAAACUGCCAAGUGGAUAUUGGUGUUCUGCCAGAGCAGAUCUUUGGUGAGGGAAUAAGUGCAGAAAGGCAAUGGUACUUGCAUGAUGUAAAAAGAGACUUUUGCGGAUCAGAUAAUGCAAAAAACACAACAUACCCAUUGCCAUUAGUUGCAAAAGAAGGCUAUUCAAAGGCCAAAAAACAAAAGUUGAAAUAGGCAACUUUAUUGAGAACACUUUCUGUGUGUGUUUCAGCAAAAGUUAUAGUUUGUUUCUUGCUAUAAAUAUAUUGGCAUGUGUAAGUGGAAGUUUUAUGUUUUCAUUUACAUUCAAAGAAUAUAUUUCUUUGUGUUACAUUGAUAAAAUAUUCAUGAUCUUAGGAAUGUAUGGUUUCCUUGGCAACCAAAAGUAACACACUUGAUUGAUCAUUAAAUACUUAUGUAUAAACAUGUAUUUCAAUUAUGGGAAUAUCAUUGAACAGUCGGCCAUCUAUAAGUAAAGUAUGAUGGCAUUCAUAUUUUCCAUACACGACUCCAGUAUAAUGUGAAAGUGUACAUUUAUAAGUCUAUAUGUUAAUAGUUAUACAUUAAUAUAGUUUCAAUAAUCCUUGCAUGCAUAUGUUUGUUGUCAAUUUUGUCAAAUAAGGCAUGUGUCAAUGCUUUCCUUGUAAAUACAUUUCAUUCUGUGUCAUCUUACAACUCCAAAAGAAUGAAAUGAGCAAAAAAAAAGAAUUAUUCUAGGUAUAAGUCAGUUGCUAUGGCAACCAAGUAUAACAUUCUUAUUGAUUUUAAAAAUAAUUGAUUUCACCAGACAAGUUACAUCUUUUAAAUAAUUGCUUGUUUUAAAAUAAUAUGUUUUUUGUUUUGAUUAAUACAAGGAUAAGCUGCACUACUUUUGAACAAUUAACCUUGUUUUAGAAAAGUUGCAGAUUUUCUUUACAGGGUCUAUGUAAAAUUGCUGUUAACAUUCUAUUUUACUACAUAGCUGGCUGAAAUUUUAAUGCUGUACUCAAAUAUUUCCUGCAAACAUAAUCUAUCAAAUUCAAAUGUGAUUUUGUCUAUUUGAGCUGCUUUUGCGUUUAUUUGGAUAAAUUUCUCGUGAAAAAAUUGUAGUCAUGGCAACCGUUUCUAUGAAAUGUACAUGUAGUGUUACAUUUUCCAUAAAUGAUGUUAUUGAUGUUAUGAUAAUGUUUCCACAGAAAUAAAAAAUGCUGGAUUCAAUUUUAAUGGAAUACAGACUCUUAAAAUCAAGGACGUUGUAUUUACUUAUGUUUCCAUUUCCUUCAUUUUUUUCGCCAUUUUAUAACAAAUAGUGGUAUUGCGAAAUUUGUCCUCAAUCCGUCAAUUUUAAAGAUAUCAGCUUUAAACUUCAGGACUUUAUUUCUGAAACAUAGCACAUUCAGAAAAUGUAAAAACCUGAAAAUGUCAUUUUUCCUCAUUAGGACCCAUU